AGCCGAGCCCAGAGCUUCUCUCCAGGCCGGCGGGCUUGUCUGCCAUCCCCUCUGGCAGAUAAGUGGAAAAAAUAUCCUCGGGUGAAGAUUUAAAUAAAUAAAUAAAUAAAAAACAUGAAGGAAACAUCACUGGCCAAGACCAGAAGAUUCAAAUAGGUUGGCAGCACACCUGAAGGCCAGAGCCACUUUGAAGAGCCAUCUCCACCCAGCCGGGGCCAGUGACCAUCCUCAGCAGCUGACAUCACGAGACUUGGGAGUGCUCAGGGGAGCCUUCCCUUGAGACAUGGAGCUUUGGGGUGGAAUGCUACGGGCCCUCCUGUCUGGUUCAGGGAGGCGGGGAGGCGCUCUGGGCUGGGCCUUCAGCUCCUGGCGACCCCAUCUGCCUCAGGCUGGGUUGUUGAGUGCCACAGAGCUGGUCAACCAGUGGACGGCCAUCUUUGAGAAGAGAGGUAUCCCCGAGGCCCGGGAAUCCAGCGAGUACAUCGUGGCUCAUGUCCUUGGAGCCAAAACAUUUCAGAGCAUGAGUCCAGCACUUCGGACACAGCCCCUCACCCCUUGGCAACUACAGUGCAUCCAGGAGCUGAGUAGCCACCGAUUGCAAAGGAUGCCUGUGCAGUACAUCCUUGGUGAGUGGGACUUUCAGGGGCUCAGUCUGAAGAUGGCACCCCCAGUAUUUAUCCCUCGGCCAGAAACAGAGGAGCUGGUUGACUGGGUGCUGGAGGAGGUGACCCAGAAGCCCCAUGUGGUGGAAGCCCAAGGAGGCCCCCUCGUCCUGGACGUGGGCUGUGGAUCGGGAGCUAUCUCUCUCAGCCUGCUGAGCCGGCUGCCCCAGAGCCGAGUCCUUGCUGUGGAUAAGGGAGAAGCCGCCAUCUCCCUGACCCGUGAGAAUGCUCAGAGGCUUCAGUUGCAGGACAGGAUUCGGAUCGUCCCCCUCGAUGUGACCUUAGAGGGCAGCUGGACGCACCUUCUGCCCUGGGGCCCCGUGGACCUGGUCGUCAGCAACCCUCCCUACAUUUUCCGUCAGGACAUGGAACAGCUGGCCCCUGAGAUCCAAAGCUAUGAAGACCCAGCAGCCCUGGAUGGCGGGGAGAAGGGCAUGGACAUCAUUAUACACGUCCUGGCCCUGGCCUCUCGACUCCUGAAGGACCCUGGAAGCCUCUUCUUAGAAGUGGACCCGAGACACCCGGAGCUCAUUGGCAACUGGCUUCAGAGCCGGCCUGACCUGUCCCUUGAUCUUGUGGCCGUGCGCAGGGACUUCUGUGGGAGGCCCAGGUUCCUGCAUGUACGGAGGUCUGGGCCACAGGCUGGCUGCCCCGUGGCUGCCUGGCCAGGCCCCCAGCCUGCCAGACUGCCUGGGUAGCUCUUCCUGGAAUGGUCCUUGGAGAGAGGGACGGGGCCUUCCACGCCCCGAUGCUUGGCAUUUCCCAUGGCCCUGGGGUUCCCCAUGCCCUACAUUUCUAGGAGACUUGGGGGCAAAAGGAAGGAUAGGGGUAUCCUUCCUGGGGCAGCAACGGAGCAAGGGCACCCACAGCCCAGCUCGAGAGCUGAGCAGACCGCGGUCCCCAGGCUGGCUCCGUCGCCCCAGCGGCCCGUGCCAGUCACUCAGAGUCUGGGCGGAACAGCUCUGGGAGUUGCAAGAUUUGGCGAA